UUGCAAAGGAUUUCCACUCUGGACUGGGCACUACAGACAGAAAUUCUGAAGAGCUGAUUCUGUUUUUCAGAUAGAAUCACAGGGCCUGAAACCCAGCCUGUUGCCUACCCACAUCCUCGCACUCAGCUGCCAGACUCCACAGCAGGAGGGCUCCUGACCUGGGCUCAGGACAAGAGCAUAGCCAGGUCAGGCGGAGGCAACGUCAGUGUGGCCUGAGGGCCAAGUUCAGCAGGAAGCAGAAAAAGGCACUGGCCAGCAUGUUCCAAGCAGUGGCCUAUGUCAGCAGGGGCCUGUUUCGUUCUUAUGCUGGGCUCUCUGUGCGCAUGAACAGCACUGGGAUAGACCAAAAGGGGGCCCUGGCCAAUCGGGUAGCUGUGGUCACCGGGGCCACUGAUGGGAUCGGCUUCGCUACCGCCCGGCGCCUGGCCCGGGACGGGGCGCACGUGGUGGUCAGCAGCCGGAAGCAGCACAACGUGGACCGGGCGGUGGCAGCGCUGCAGGGCGAGGGGCUGAGCGUGACGGGCACCGUGUGCCACGUGGGGAAGGCCGAGGACCGGGAGCGGCUGGUGGCCACGGUCCUGGAGCACUAUGGGGGUCUGGACUUUUUGGUGUGCAAUGCAGCCGUCAACCCCCUGGUAGGAAGCACCCUGCAGGCCAGUGAGGAGGUGUGGGACAAGAUCCUGGAUGUGAAUGUGAAGUCGCCAGCCCUGCUGCUGAGCCAGCUGCUGCCCCACAUGGAGAACAGGGGGAUGGGGGCAGUCAUCCUGGUCUCCUCCAUUGCAGGAUAUAUACCACAUGUGGAGCUGGGUCCCUACAAUGUCAGUAAGACGGCCCUGCUGGGCCUCACCAGGACGCUGUCACUGGAGCUGGCCCCCAAGGGCAUCCGGGUGAACUGCCUGGUUCCAGGAAUGAUCAAGACUAACUUCAGCAAAGUGUUACACAUGAAUGAGGUUCUCUGGAACAACUUCAAGGAGAAGUACCACCUGCAAAGGUUAGGGCAGCCUGAGGACUGUGCGGGACUUGUGUCUUUCCUGUGCUCUCCAGAUGCCAGCUACAUCAAUGGAGAAAACAUCGUGGUGGCUGGCUUCUCCCCUCAGCUCUGAUGGGGCUAAGGGGGCCCUGAGCUGUGGGUCUGGGCUGAGGAGCCUGUGGAUGGGUGGUGGGCUGGGAGAUCAUUAAGGUCAGGUGAUUACGUCUGAAGCUCUACCAGAUGAGCAAUCUGGGGGCUCAUCCAUGCCAGCUUUGAGGCAGGACCCCCAGAGUUCUCAUUUGCUUGACUACUGCUGAUACAGCUGCUGUGAUCCAACCAACAUGUGGGUUCUUAUUGUGGGGCUGUGGAGCCGAAGGAAUUCAUGGGGCUGGCACUUUGGAGCACUUUGGAACAGAAGGGGAAGGAGCAGGCACUCAGGAUGUUACCUCUUUCUCUCCGCCACUUGGACUUUGAACAUUCCUUUCCUAAAAUCAACUCUAAUUUCUCCUCAAGCCUGGAACUCCUGGGAAGGGUAGAGCCAAGGGGAAUGAGGCCGAACACGGGCCUCUCUUGUCUUCUGCACUCUGCUGCCCUGAGCCCAUUCACAGAGCCCAGGUAGUGACCAAUGAGUGUUCAUAGCAGGCUCUGCCCAGUUUUCUGAGCUGGCUGGGGGAGGCUGAGCAAGUGGGGCAUGGAGGGAGGAUUCUGGGAUUCCCCCUGGGGUCCUGUAGGCUAGUGAUUCUCACUGUUUUCUGGGCCACACAGGCCUUUGAGAACCCAAAGAAAAAAGUCUCACCAAAUCUUGCAUACCAUUCCAGGUUGCGACCUUAUAAUUUAUACAGAAGAGAGAAGUCAGUGUGAACCUUCUUAAGACUGUCUCCCCUUGGUAAAGUCCCUUUCUAUUCCUGAGGGAUGCUCGUGGCACCCUCCUUCUGUGUGUGCACGUCCAAGGCGCAACAGACUCAGGGAGGAGUAGUGGCCCUGAGAACACCUGUCUUCCUCUCAUGCCAUCCAUAAGUCUUGUCCUGAAUUGGUCCCAAGGGAAGACCUGAGACAAGGCUUCCAACUGAAUGCUGGCUUUCACCUCACUGAAGUCCCUCACUGGUGUCCCCUCUCUGGACCUCUUGGGCAUGGGUCUUUGUCUUGAAACUAAUUCAAUUAUGAAAACAUUUAUUGGUCCCUGCUGCAAACCAUGCAUUGGGCCAGGCACCUUGGAGAACACAAAUAUAAAAAAGAACCAACCUCUCUUAAGUUCCUUCAUUGUGGUGGGAGAACAGGAGUUUAAAACACUCAUCAAUAAACAAGGCAGAAAUGGGGUUCCUGGGUGGCUCAGUUGAUUGAGCAUCUGACUCUUGAUUUCAGCUCAGGUCAUGGUCUUGGGGUCGUGAGAUCAAGCCCCACGUCUGGGUCCAUGCUCAGCUCAGAAUCUGCUUGUCCUUCUCCCUCUGCUCCUCCCCCUACUCUCUGUCUCUCAGUCUCUCUCAAAUAAAUAAGUAAAUAAAUACAAUCUUUAAAAAUAAAUAAAUAAGUAAAU